UGCCGACCCACUUCCGGAGUGCUCGGAAGACAUGGCGGCGCCCGAGGAGUGUGAUUCUGCGACUGAAGCGCCUCAGCCGGCCGCCCAGGAGGAGGAAACAAAAACGUUUAAAGAUCUGGGUGUGACAGAUGUGUUGUGUGAAGCCUGUGACCAGUUGGGAUGGACAAAACCCACAAAGAUCCAGAUUGAAGCUAUUCCUUUGGCCUUACAAGGUCGUGAUAUCAUCGGGCUGGCAGAAACUGGCUCUGGAAAAACAGGGGCUUUCGCCUUGCCCAUUCUGAAUGCGCUGCUGGAGACGCCCCAGCGUUUGUUUGCCUUGGUUCUCACGCCCACUCGAGAGUUGGCCUUUCAGAUCUCGGAGCAGUUUGAGGCCCUGGGGUCUUCUAUUGGUGUGCAAAGUGCUGUGAUUGUAGGUGGAAUUGAUUCAAUGUCCCAAUCUCUGGCUCUGGCGAAAAAACCACACGUGAUAAUAGCAACUCCUGGUCGAUUGAUUGACCACUUGGAAAAUACAAAAGGUUUCAACUUAAGAGCUCUCAAGUACUUGGUCAUGGAUGAAGCAGACCGAAUAUUGAAUAUGGAUUUUGAGACAGAAGUUGACAAGAUCCUCAAAGUGAUUCCCCGAGAUCGGAAAACAUUUCUCUUUUCUGCUACCAUGACCAAGAAGGUGCAAAAACUUCAGCGAGCAGCGCUGAAGAAUCCUGUGAAAUGUGCUGUUUCUUCAAAAUACCAGACAGUUGAGAAAUUACAGCAAUAUUAUCUUUUUAUUCCCUCUAAAUUCAAGGAUACCUACCUGGUUUAUAUUCUAAAUGAAUUGGCUGGAAACUCCUUUAUGAUAUUCUGCAGCACCUGUAACAAUACUCAGAGAACAGCUUUGCUACUCCGAAACCUCGGAUUCACUGCCAUCCCCCUCCAUGGACAGAUGAGUCAGAGCAAACGCCUAGGAUCCCUUAAUAAAUUUAAGGCCAAGGCUCGUUCUAUUCUUCUAGCAACUGAUGUUGCAAGCCGAGGUUUGGACAUACCUCAUGUGGAUGUAGUUGUUAACUUUGACAUUCCUACCCAUUCCAAGGAUUAUAUCCAUCGAGUAGGUCGAACUGCUCGAGCUGGGCGUUCUGGAAAGGCUAUUACCUUUGUCACACAGUAUGAUGUGGAACUCUUCCAGCGUAUAGAACACUUAAUUGGGAAGAAACUGCCUGUCUUUCCAACACAGGAUGAUGAGGUUAUGAUGCUGACAGAACGUGUGACCGAAGCCCAGAGAUUUGCCCGCAUGGAGUUAAGGGAGCAUGGAGAGAAGAAGAAACGCACACGGGAGGAUGCUGGGGACAACGAUGACACAGAAGGUGCUAUGGGUGUCAGGAACAAGGUGGCUGGAGGAAAAAUGAAGAAACAGAAAGGCCGUUAAUUCUCUUUUGAAGACUCAAUUUCAGCCUUCUGUUCCUUAAAAGGGGAUUGUAGAAGAGAAUGAAAUCUCCUUGGUCAGAGUUCCUUAGAUCGGAAUCUGUCAGAAUGAUGUCCAGAACCUCCUCUAACUCAGUACUCGUUCCCCUUCUAUAGAGCUCCAUGAGCUCUGCUUUGGGUCCUUGGUCAUGACCUGAGUAGGCUGUGCUCUUCUGUCACUUCACACAGACCUUUGCUUUUUUAGCUACAGGUCAAGGACUAGGUUGAUGAAGCGCUGGACCUGUUGUUAUAAAGGGAAGAUGCUCCUACGUCUGUAAAAUGGUGAUCCUUUAGCAGUCUCAGCUUGCGCUUCAUUAAACCUAAUGUGGAAUAAUAAAUUUAAAUAUUAUUUUUAAAAGA